AUGAACAUCAGGAUGAACCUGCGGCUGUGCUGGGUCGACGAGCGCCUCUCCUUCUCGGCUCAGGACUUCUUCAACAUGUCCUGGGGCAAUGCCGGAGAUAAGGUGCCGAUCCGGUCCAGCAAGGUCUGGACUCCUGACGUCACGGUGAUGAACGAGGUCGGAGGCCUCGGCAAGCUUCUGGACACCAGGCACAGCUCGCCCCUGCUGCUCUCGGACGACAGCUUCAAGAACGAGACCGGCGUCAACGUCCUGUGGUCGAGGCCGAUUGACGUGGUCAGCAACUGCGAGGUCGACAUGACGCAGUACCCCUUCGACGAGCAGAGGGCCGCGGCGCGAGCGGCGGUCGGGGGGAGGCUGGCCGCUGCCCCGCAGAGAGUCGCUUGCCUCGAGAGCGAGCUCGCCGCGCGUGAGGCCAGCCAUGUGGCGGCGGCGGCGCAGGCUCUGCAGCUGUCCCGUGACCACGGUGCCCUCGACCCCCAGCCCGACGUGCAGCUCCUCGGCGAGACCACGGCGCGGCUGGCGCUGGCAGUCCCCGUGCAUUUGGAGUGGCCCUCCGUCGGCGUGCCAGGUGCCGAGGCGGCCAUCGGCACGAGCGCUGGCGCCGCCGCACACGCGGACGCGCAGGGCGGCGAGCAGACGGGCGGAGGCGGGCUCACGCGGGUUCCUGGGAGUAGCUCCGCUGCGCGCCAGAGGGGAGCUGCGGCCCCGCCUCCCCUGCUCCGCUCUCGGCGCAACGCGGGGCUCCACUGCGCUUCGCGUAGGGCCGCGUGCAUCGCGUCGAUGCGGCAGGACGAUCGCGUGAGCGUCGGCGCGCAGGCGCACGUGGGCGUGCAUGUCGACAAGGACGUGGGGGUCGUGAUGCAGGAGAGGUUCGUUGGCGGCGGCCUCGUCGAGGUCGGCACCCGGGCCGAUUUCGGCGGCGUCGGCGCGCAGGCGCGCGUGGGCGUGCAUGUCGAGAAUGGAGGGGGCGCGGAGGUCCUGAUGCAGGGGCGGUCAGUUGGCGGCGACCUCGAGAGCGUCGGCGCCCAGGCGAUCGUGGGCGCGCACCUCGAAGAGGACGAGGAGGUGUUGAUGCAGGAGCGGUUCGUGGGCGGCGGCCGUGGCGAGGCCGGCGUCCUGGCCGAUUUCGAGAGUGUCGGCGUGCAGGCGAACGAGGGUAUGCAUCUCGAGAAGGGCAGCGAGCAGGCGGCCCAGAGGUGCUACGUCGAGAUUGGUUCCUUGGCGCGGGGGCUGUGCAGCCGCUGCGUGCUGGAUGUGGAGCCAGAAGGCUCGUGGGCCUCGUCGCUGCGCCAGAUGAGCCUGGUGGUGCAGCCGUUCUUCAAGGAGCGCGAGGUGCACAGCCCCGAGUUCCGCGUGAAGAACAUCACCGUCCAGACGAAGGACGUGUUCACGAGGAGCACGGCGCAGCAGUUCAAUGAGAUAGUCUACAGCGUGGUCCUGCAGCGCCACCCGCACUUCUACGUGAUGAACUUCGUCCUGCCGAUGGUGGCGCUGACCGGCCUGGCGGUGUCCACCAUGUGGAUGAACCCUGGCAACAUUGGUCCCCGCGUGAACUCAGGCACCAAAAUGCUGCUGUGCGUGGUCUCCAUCAUCUUCAUUACCGCGCGGGGCAGGCCAGCAAUCCAUGGCGACAUCUGGAUGGACCGCUUCCAGUCGCACUGUCUCGCUCUUCACGGGGGCCGGCGGAUGUCCGCGGUGCUCGAGAGCCUGUGCAUCGACUGGCUGCAGAAGGCCUCGAAGAACCUGCCUUGGUUCCCCAAGGUCGACACGGUUGAUUCCGUGCUGCGUGCUCUGAUUUGUUGCGCGACGACGCUUAUGAUCUGCUACGACGCCAGCGAGAUCAAGAGGUACAAUGUGCUGGACGAGUACGCGUCAUUCCAGGCUGGUUCGACUCGGCUGCUUGUGGGCCUGGUGUACAUCAUCUUCUGCGGCAUGUUGCUGGCCUCCUUCGUCAGCUUUGGCUUCCGCUCCCUGCCGACCAAUUGGCAGCAUUGGGUCGUGGGCAAGAGCGAGGACGACUCCAGCGCCAAGCCCGAGAGCCCUGGCCAGUUGAGACAGGCCUCCAUGAGCGACAGCUGGUUCAGAAGAACCUCUUGGUCGCACACGCCAGAGCCGAGCAAGAGGCGGCAGCGCAUGGCCUCGGCCUCCUCUUCGGUGGAGUGCGUGGAUCUGCAGGGCUCGCCGGGCUUCAGACUGCCGGGCCAGCUCGGCUUCGACAAGAAGAGCCAAUACAGCCUGCUGCAGGAGGCCGAGCGCCUCUUGGACGCGGGGUGGCAGUUCAAGGAGAGCAACCCGAGCUCGGUGCACACCACCUCCCCCUGA